UGGUACAAGGCUAUUCACAACAGCCUUGUACCAUGUGACAAGCUGUGACCAAUCACAGCUCACUCAGUAGUUCUCAAUGAUUUCACACGUAGUAAGCAAUGAUGUCAGAAGUGACAUCUUGCUUACUACUUUGCAUGUGAUCACUGAUUGGCCAAUCAGUGAUCACAUGAUCGGGACCUCGUACAGAGGUCCCGUCCGACGAUCGGUGUUCCACUGUGCCCGGAGUGUGCACAAGCAGGGGGCAGGGAGGCCAUUUAUAAACAGCCACCCGACCCUGCACUGCCACCCUCCGGCCGUUUAUAUACAACGGCCGGACGGGAGGUGGUUAAAGAGAUUGUAAACCCUUACCUUGUAAAAUAGCCCAUUCAGU